AUGGCUUUAGCUACGAUGCUGCUUUCGCUGGCGCUGGCAGCUUGCAUUGCCCGCGUUGUAUAUCUGUGCUACUUUCACCCUCUAGCUCGCUACCCAGGGCCCUGGUUUGCCCGUUUUACCAAUGCCUGGAGAUUCGUCACUUUCUUUGGUGGUCAACAUCACUUGAUCGAACAACGUCUGCACGCCAAAUACGGUCGUGUGGUUCGAGUAGCUCCCAAUUGGCUGUCGUUCUCCAGCUCGGAUGACUUCGAGGCCAUCUACGGGUUCAACAAGGCGAUUGAGAAGAGCGACUUCUACGACUUUGGUCGCGAUCGCGGCAGCCGCGCGGAGAGCAUCUUCUCCACCAAGACCGAAGCUGGCCAUCGAGUCAGAAAGAAGAAGAUCGUAGGACCAGCCUUAACUAGCAGCAAGAUCUCUGCAUACGAGCCCGUCAUCGACAAGCAUGUUGAUAUUCUACUGUUGCGGCUACAGUCGGCCGACCCCUUACCAGAACCGAACGGCCAUGGCCCUCUCUCAGUCAACAUGGCACCGCUGGUGCAUCAGUACACUCUCGACUCAAUGCUAGAGCUCAUCUUCGGUCCUACGCUGGCCGCACACCCGUACACCGACACCCCUGCCGGAGACGGGAUCUGCAGAACCCUCCGCAUCAUGACCAAGAUGGCAUGGAGCUUCUCCCUCUGGCCGGCCUUUGGCUGGCUCAUGAACACGCGCCUAGUCGAUGCCGUGCUGCGCCGACCCACCCGCAACAAACAGGGAGUCGCGACAGGAAUGGCCGGCCUCAUGGGUGCCGUCAUGCCCAUGCUUCAGAAGAACCCGCAACAAGUCACGCAGAGCCCGCAGCCCAGCAUCGUGAAGAACUGGUUGGACAUCCCCGCUAGCGACGCAAACCGCAUGAGCCCCGGCGAAAUCACCGCUGACGCCUUCAACAUGGUCAUCGCAGGGCCAGGCAGCACAGCCGCUGCCCUGACCGCAGUCCUGUAUCACCUCGGCUCACAGCACGGGCAAACCUGGCAGGAGAAGAUCCGCGACGAGACGCGCAUGCCCACUGUAUCCUCGCCCGCGCUACAGGCUGUCAUCAAGGAGACGCUGCGCUUCAGCGCCGCAUUCCCCACGGCGUUUCCGCGGGUCAUCCGCCACGGCGCGGAGACGGCCAUCCCGGGUCUUCCUGCUCCGCUACCGCCGGGGACGAUGGUGUCGGCGAACACGUUUGUGCUGGGCCGCUCGGCAGAAGUCUGGGGCGACGACGCAGGCCAGUGGGCGCCGCAGCGAUGGCUGGGCGACGAGCAGCAGCGCCGCGAGAUGGAGGCGAAAUUCGUGGCGUUCAGCAAGGGCUCGCGCAGCUGUAUCGGGCGCGAGCUCGCUCUGCUUGUUCUGGCGAGUGCUGUCACGGGGGUCGUGCAGCGGUGGAGAAUCCGAAGCCAAGGGGCGUUGCGAGGGAAGAGUUUCCUGGAGAUGCAGUAUGACGAGUGCUGGAUGGAACUGGAACCGGUUGCGCUGUAA